CUAUGGCUGGUUAGUUGCUCGUUAAGUCGUUAGAGUAAAAGUGUUCUGUGCAAAUGAGUUCAAUACUGUUAUACGUUAACAUUAUUUCAAUUUAUUAUUAAUAUUAAUUGUUUUUAUAGUGUUUGCAAAUAAAUUCAGCAUGGAAAACUUGUUUAAUAAUCCAAUUAGACAAAAAAUUAAUAGCAUAUUUGAUAACCACGUAAUAGCAGAUAGCAGUGACGCUCUUUACACGAUAUCUGGUUUAUGCGCUUUGGAUUCCGCUCAUACCAAAAGAACACUCAUUAAUGAGAUUGAAAAAAAAGAUUUGAUGGUUAAUAAUGCAAUUUUAAAGGAAUAUGCAAAAGUGAAGGACACCAUAAAUUCAAUGUUAUUGUCAUUAAAAUCUUUGGAUACUGCUGUCACUGACAUGUCGAAUAGAUUAAACGAAUCAAAAACGAAAACCCAUCACAUAAUUGCUCAAACAAAUAGGCUCAAUGAAGAAAGAAAGAAAACUCAGAAGCAGCACUUAUGGGUAAAUUCUUUCGUUAACAAAUUUCAGAUAUCUGCAGAGCAAAAGGAGAACCUUUGUAAUAUAUCAACAUUUACCCCAGAUUUUUUUCAAUCAUUAUCUCAUGUGGAGAACUUGCAUAACAACUGUAAAACCCUUGUGAACUGUUGGUACCAAACACCAGCUUUUGAUAUAAUGGAAUCUAUUGGACUACAACAAGAAAUAGCUUUUGAAAGAUUGUAUCGUUGGACUAUUGGUGCAUGUGUUGUCGUUGAUGCUCCCAAUAAUGCCUAUAUUCCUAAAGCAUUGGUGAAGUUUGAAAAUAGACCAGUAUUAUUUAAAAAUAUUGUUGAUGAGUAUUGUAAUGCUAGAAAAAGUAUUGUAGUUCAGUUAUUCAUUGAUGCAUUAACAAAGGGCAGUGAGAAUGGCUCCAAGCCUAUUGAAUUUUAUGCUGACGACCCAAAACGUUACAUAGGCGAUAUUUUGGCCUGGGUGUACCAGCUCAUACCAGUCGAAAAGGACUAUCUGAGUAAUUUAUUUAAAUAUUGUUCAACAAAUAAAGAAGUAACUAUUGAAGCGUUAACAAAUAUAAUGGAGGCUCUAUGUCCAUUAUUGAAAGUAAGAGCUGAGCUAAUUUUGAAACCUGAUAAAGAUCCACUGAUUCUUUGGUCUAUUACAAACCUAAUGCUAUACUAUAAGGAAACUAUUCAAUCUUUUAUCAAUAAUGGUCACUUGAUUGAUACAUUUAAUGAACUUUUAAAAAAAAGUGAAGAGGUCUUUCUUUUGACGUUAGAUAGUAAAGUACAGAAAGAGCUAAGUCAUGGUGUAAAAGCUCCUCCUUCUGACCUUAACCCGUCUACUGUUGUCACAGAUCUGAUAAGUUUUAUGAGAAAUUUGUUGAAUGUUCCGAGUAGUUUAAAAAUAACUGACAAAAAGAUAUUUGUAACUCAUAUUCUAGAUCCCUUAUUGCAUGCUGUCAAUGAGACUGCUUGUCAUCUAAGUUCCACAGACAUGUCAGUGUACACGUUGAAUUGUAUUUACCACAUACAGUGUACUCUUACAUUAUAUCCAAUCUUAGAAGAGUACAAUGAGAGAUUAAAGGCUCAAUCUGAGGCACAAAUUGAUACUUUAACUUCUGAACAGGCAAGCUUCCUUGUGGCCAACCUUAACAUGGGACCUAUAUAUACAAUUUUACAAGAAAAAAUAAAUGGUCCACUUUCUGCUAUACCUGGAAUGGAUUCAGCAACAUUAAAGACAUUUUUGAACAAGUUUGAUAUGUUUCUUGUAUCACCAGACAUAUAUAUUUUGCCUCAAUUAAACCUACUCAUUAGUCAAACUCAUAAAUGUCUAGUAAAGAAGCGAGCAUUUGAAGUGAUUUUAGCAAUUUAUGAGCAAUUGUAUAAUUCUGUAAAUGAUCCCAAUAAUGGAUAUGUAGAUCCACAUAUAAUAGUUCGUAGAACCCCAAGUGAAAUAUGUAAACUUUUACAGUGAAUUUGUUUACUAUUAAAGAUAUUUAUUUAUUUAACCAAUAUAAUAUAGAUAUUUUAUGUAACAAAGCUAUGAUGAAAUAAAACAUUAAGACACUA